AUGGACCGUCCCCCCAACGCGCCCCCGCGCUACAAACAUAUCCUAUCUCAAAUCCUAGGCAUAUUCAUAUUCACCGUCCUUUCUUUACCGCUCGCAGUGCUACAGGUCCUGCGCUAUUGCGUCCCCUCCUGCCGUGUUCAUCCAACGUGGUCCCUGAGUCGACAUUUGGUCGUGGCGCUUGGACGAUCUGCGUUCGCGUGGACCAGCCGCUGGACGUUGCCGCGCCCUCAAGGACCAGCCGCAUACGAGAAGAAGGAGAUUGUCCACAAGCUCAUCGGGAAGGGCACCGAGGUUGACGCAGUCACCGUUGCCGGAGUUCCCGACGCUCUAAGAGUUGGCGACCUGGCGGUGGCGACUGGAACCGUCGGCUCCACCGAGGUUCCGGCUUUCUGGACGUACCAAAGUGGCAAAUGGCCAAGAGGCGACGAACUUGCAGCCAACGGGGAGAAAGUGAUCCUCUAUGUUCCGGGAGGAACAUGGGUCCUUGGCCAUCCCAUGCUCACCCCAUUUCCAUACUACCUCAGCCGUGCUGGACAUAGGCGCGUUCUAUCGAUAAACCAUCGCAAGGCGCUUUCUCCGUCCACAGCCGCUCCAGCGCAAUUCCUGGAUUUGCUUGCUGGAUAUAUCUAUCUCAUCCAAUUACGUUUCAGGCCUGAAAAUAUCACUCUGGUUGGCGAUAGCUCCGGCGGUCACCUCCUCCUCGGACUGACUCGUUAUCUUGCCGAACUUGCGGCCGUCGACGGUGCUGCCCUUACUGGUUCCCCGUCGCGUAACAUCGCGUUGCCCGGCGCGGUCAUGCUUCUGUCUCCCUCCGGUGAUUUGUCGCACGCUCCGUACUCCUCAAUACCAACGGAUUGGUUGUCGCCCUAUCUGAACAGAAUGGCGUAUCCCUCUCUGUCACGACAUUAUCCCCCAGACGCGCUACGUACCAACCCGUACUUCAGCCCGGCUAUCUGCGGCUCAUUCAGGUACCUGGCACAACCGCAAAGGGCACGCCAUAUUGAUGAUAGACGCGACGGUCAAAAUUCGCCAGGCGUUAGUACGGAUUCUGUCGCAGGGCAUCACUCCCCGGCGGUGCGGGUUUGGAUACAGUACGGGGACGUCGAAUUAUUGGCUCCAGAUAUCCGGCGCCUGAUCGAACGCAUGCGAGAAGACGGCGUUCCGUUGGAGGUUGACGAAGUGCCAGGUGGAUGUCAUUUGGACUCUGGGAUCGCGUUCGCCCUCAGAGAACGCGGGCAGGAAAGUAGCUGGACAAGACUUCUAGAAGCAGUGGAGCGUUACUGAUGGUUCGGGCAAUACUACUGAUGCAUAUAUUGUGUACAUUACUAGUUCUACCUUCUCUAUCUGACGGAUGAUAUGGAAAU